AGUAGCAUGAAAAUAAAGUUAAAUCCUUGUAUAAAACAAAUGGUGUAAAUGAGUGUUAAAAGGCCUUUUUGCAGAGUCGCACAGCGCGUGCUGUUUUGCUCCUCCCUGCGCGUGCGCGCGCGUGCUCGAGUGACGUCACUGCACGGUGAGAUCUCCACACAGACUCAAAGAUUUAGCUUUACAUUGGACUGAUGGAUGGUUUACGAAGAAUCUUUUCUUUCUAAUAAGAGCAAAAGUACUUAAAAGAGGUUAUUACUAGCAUGGUGACGCAUCUCUAUAAUGGCAGAAAGUAACAGGACCAACGAGGCUCCACAACUCAUCUUGUGCAGUAAUCAAGCAAAGAUUUAUGAUUGUAAUCAGUCAGAUCCCAUGAGAUCUGAAAGCCCGAUGCCGCUGGUGGACGCCUGGCUGGUCCCAGUGUUCUUCACCCUCAUCAUGUUUGUAGGCUUGGUGGGGAACUUUUUGGUCAUCUAUGUCGUCGUCAAAAACCAGCAGAUGAAAACGGUUACAAACCUCUACAUAGUUAAUCUUGCAACCACAGAUAUACUUUUCCUGGUUUGUUGUGUUCCUUUCACUGCCACUUUAUACACUCUUCCUAGCUGGAUAUUUGGGGACUUCAUGUGUCGGCUGGUCAAUUAUCUGCAACAGGUCACUGCUCAGGCAACCUGCAUCACUUUGUCUGCAAUGAGUGUGGAUCGGUUUUAUGUGACGGUCUACCCACUCCAGUCUCUCCAUCAUCGAACACCACAGACGGCUCUGACUGCAUGCACCACUAUUUGGAUAUGUUCUCUGCUGCUUUCAGUGCCGAUCGCGUUGUAUCAGCACACCGAGUCUUCGUUCUGGUUCGGUCCGCAGACGUACUGCACCGAGGCCUUUCCUUCACUCGUUCAUAAGAGAGCUUAUAUUCUUUACUCCUUCUUGGCUGUUUACUUGCUGCCUCUGAUCACCAUCUGCAUGUGUUACACUUUCAUGCUCAAACGCAUGGGUCAAGCCACGGUGGAACCUGCUCAUGGCUGUAACCAGCUGCAGACUCCAGCGGAGCGAGUGGAGGCCGUGCGGACCAGAGUCUCCAGAAUGGUGGUUGUGAUGGUUCUGCUGUUUAUAUUCUGCUGGGGUCCAAUUCAGAUCCUGAUUCUCUUUCAAGCAUUCUGUUCUGAAGAUGUCAGUCACAGUUAUACACUCUACAAACUCAAGAUCUGGGCUCACUGCAUGUCCUAUUCCAAUUCCUCCAUAAAUCCCGUGAUCUACGCAUUCAUGGGAGCCAACUUUAGGAAGGCCUUCAGAAGUGUGUUUCCUCUGAUCUUCAAAAGGAGCGCAAGAACAACCGAGCCUGUAACCUAUAACAGAGAGAUGAACUUUCUUUCAUCCCAACCUCAAAGGAUGCUUUGGACAGGUUAUGCAUAAUCAGACCUUUUAUAAGCGAAAUCAAUAACACUUUUAUACCAUGGUCUGGGUGAAUAAUACUCGAUACUGAUUGGCUGCUGCAGGGUGUACAUUAAAAAGUGAUAGAGGACACCUAGUAAAGGAGUUCUGGUGAAACUGACUGUUCAAUGCGCUGGCUACAUCAGCUGUGUGUAACCAUAGCAACAGGCAGCGGACUAAAUGUCUCCGGUUGCUAAAUAAACCGUCAGGCGUAACCAGGGAAACCAAGUUUGUUUGUAAAAACUUUAGAUUUCGAUUGUAAAACUAAUUAAAGUCUAAACUAAUGUUUUAAAAAUGUGUUAUUUGUAAAGAAGGACAUCAUUUUUGAUUCAACUGGAACAAACAAUCAAAUUAAAACAAUUCUUUCCAAAUACUCUAUAUGGGACUGAAUGUAUAGACUUAUGAAAAAGAAAUACACUUUAAAAAGAGUACUUAUUACAGAAAUAAUAGCUACACUUUAAAAUAAUGUACUUGGGUGUGAACUAAUGUAAUGCUUUACAAAUGCAUGUUAAUUGCAAUUAAAUAAAAAUGUAUUUGUUGACGUCACAAAGUACCUUGUAACCAGUCAGAUCAACGUGUGAGUGGAGGCGUGGCUCAUUUGCAUAUUUAUAGAACCGCGUAUACUGAAUAAGGCGAAGGUGUCGAGUU